GCUCCGCGCGCGACUCUCGGUUGACGCCAACGUUAUCAAUCAUCCCGGAGAACAUUUCCAAGACCGCCCACUUUCACCCGCUUUGGAUCAUUGGAUAGAGAUCAUGGCUCAGCAUUUCUUUGGAAAUUCAGGAUCCAUGACAUUGCAGUCAACACCCAAAUUAAGUCAUCACCAUGUAUCAGCAAAGGUGCCAGAUGAUGGUCUUAACUCAACAGGUGAAACUUUAUCAUUUGUUACCAUAAAUGACAGCUCUGAGCAGCAAAGUGAGGACUCUGGUAUCGGUGUUUCAAAUACCUCAAUUAGAAGUUCACCCAUCAACAGGACUAUGGAAGAUGUUGGCGUUUUAUCUCCCACAAAUUCACGGAUAGAUGAGAUUGGAAAGAAAGCACAGGACCUUAUUGAGAGAAUCAAUGAGAGAAGGGCCAUGGACCAACAUGUGAUGAACAGUUUUGAGGAAAAGCUCAUUAAAAAGGUGAGUGAGAUGUGUCAGCGGGUGAAGGAGCAGAUGUUUGAGUAUUAUGAGCAGCACAGUCAGGGCAUGGAGGCCAGCCUCGCUGAGCUGUCGGAGGUGCUGGAGAGAUGCAGUCAGCUGAGUAUGGAGCUACAGGGAGCCAGUCAAUCCCUGGCCACCGUCAAUAAAGUCCUGCAGCACAACACUGAGCAGUAGAGACACAACCUAACUAGAACAUGAGGCAGAGUACACUUUUGCACUUUUGAUUUUUGUGUUACUUGUGGUACAUACACACAUCACAACAAAGGCAGAGUCUUGUUUACUUACAGUAAUUUAACUUCAACUUAAGGAGUAACUGUUCAAACGUUAAUAUUUAAGUGAGUGUAGCUGAUUAAGUUUUUCUUUUCUUAUUAUAGUACGUUAAAGACAGUUCAAAUGUGAAUGAAUAUGCUAAUCUGAUUUGUAUUUACGUGUAUUUAAAUGUGUUUCAUUACAUGGUUUAUCUAAAAGACUUUUACUAUUAUUCCUUCUUUAUCCUAAAGUGGUUUUGGUAACUACAUUAUUGGUUGCUUCAAUAACUAAGGUUUGAGAUUUGUAGGAUUAAGGCUUUUCUCCCCCAGCAUUAGCUACUGAAAACCCAUUUAAUUCGUUGUCAAUUCUCUUUAUGGCUUUCUCAGUACAAAUGAGCAGCUCUGAAUAAAUAUAGAUGGCAAGAUGCAACCGUUACAAAAUGAGGAUUUGAUAACAGACCAUAGAGCCUCCGGUACCAUCUGCGUAAUGAAACCAAAAGGGGAAACACUGUAAUAUUUUACAUUUUAUUCACCUGCAUUAAAUAUAAUUUGUUCAAAACA